CUAGGCGAGUCCUCUUUCGCUUUCCAACCUUCGUACAACACGCACGUAGAUCAAGCUUACGCUCACGACAUAGAUUUCGUAGUCUCGCCCAACUCCUCGGUGCAGGCGUUGGUUGUAUGUGAAUAGAUUUAAUACGACACUAUUGCUUCGACUCAAUUUGUGACAGUACUUCCAAGUAUACGAAAGCGAAAGAUCUUGGAGACAAUCUUCAGUGCAACAUCUCUUUACGACCAGCAUGGCGGUCGUGACGCGGGUAGAUCAAAAUGGAGUUCCAUUGAAGCAGGUGCAGGAGGAAUCGGCCUUGGGCCUGCAAAACCUCAUACAGUCACUGCAUCAGAAUGGAAACCUGACACCCACGUCCCUCUCUCGCAGCCCCUCCCCCGAGCCUGUCAUGCCCUUCAUGCGACUCUCGGAGAAGAUCGCAAACCGCAUCGCCAGCAAGGAUCGGUGGUUCUCCUUGGAGUUCUUUCCUCCCAGGACAGCUAGUGGUGCUGUUAAUCUCGUGGGAAGAUUUGAUCGCAUGUUCCACGGAGGCCCGCUCUUCUGCGAUAUCACCUGGCACUCUGCAGGCAACCCUGGAGGACGCAAGGAGACCAGCUCCAUGGAGAUAGCCCGCACGAUGCUCAACUACUGCGGCCUGGACACCAUGCUUCAUAUGUGCUGCGUCAGUCAGUCGGCAGAGGUUAUCACGAGGCAUCUAGAGUGGGCCAAGGAGUGUGGCAUCCGUAAUAUCUUGGCCCUGCGUGGAGAUGUUCCCGGUCAUACAGACGAAUGGGAACCAACUCCAGGAGGGUUUAACUAUGCUACUGAUCUUGUCAAACAUAUACGAAAAGUCUUCGGGGAUGAUUUUGUCAUCGCGGUAGCAGGCUACCCAUCUGGUCACCCUGAUGCCAUUAGCUACGAGGAUGAUCUCAAGUGCCUGAAAGAGAAGGUGGAUGCAGGAGCAGACUUCAUCAUCACACAACUCUUCUUUGAAGCCAAGACAUUCCUCAAAUUUGUCCGAGACUGUCGGGCGAUAGGAAUCACUGUGCCCAUCAUUCCUGGAGUCAUGCCAAUACAGGGUUAUCAUUCUCUAAGGAGUCUCGUAAAGCUGUCCAAGCUAGACGUUCCACAGGAGAUCAUGGAUGUGAUCGAACCUAUCAAAGAGAACGAUGCGGCAAUCAGGAAUUACGGUGUCCACCAGGCCGUCACUAUGUGCAAAGAAUUAUUUGAAAGUGGGGAAGUGUUUGGAAUCCAUAUCUACACCCUCAACCGUGAAGUGGCGACCAUCGAGAUCCUGUCGUCUCUGGGAUUAUGGUGCGGCGAGCCCAAGAGACCGCUCCCCUGGAAGACCACCGCCAACCUCAAGCGAAAGCAGGAGGACGUCCGUCCAAUCUUCUGGGCCUCCAGGCCCAAGAGCUACGUCUACAGGACGCAGGAGUGGGACGAGUUCCCCAACGGCCGCUGGGGCGAUUCCUCAUCCCCUGCCUUUGGUGAGCUGAAGGACUACCAUCUCUUCUACCUGGCUAGCAAGUCCAACCAGAAACAGUUACAGACCAUGUGGGGUGAGGAGAUCACCUGCGUGGAGGACGUCAGCGAGAUCUUCACCUGUUACCUGUCGGGAGAACCCAACAGAUAUGGCAACAAAGUCACACGCUUCCCGUGGAACGAUGAUGAGGUGUCCUCUGAGACGAUGCGGGUGUCCUCCCAGUUGGUGUCCAUGAACAAGCGUGGCGUCCUCACUAUCAACUCCCAGCCCAACGUCAACGGCGAACCGUCCUCCGACCCGGUGGUAGGAUGGGGGGCACCUAACGGUUAUGUCUACCAAAAGGCGUACCUUGAAUUCUUUUGCUCACGCGAGAACGUUGCUGCCUUGCUGCAUAUACUCCAGGACUACCCGCUAGUCAACUACCAUGUCGUCAAUGCUAAGGGCACUGAGACCAUAACGAAUACUGACCGUCUCAAGCCGAACGCUGUGACCUGGGGAGUGUUCCCUGGGGCAGAGGUCAAACAACCCACCGUCGUUGACCCGAUCAGCUUCAUGUCAUGGAAGGACGAAGCAUUCGGCUUGUGGUUAGAAUCAUGGAGGACCCUCUACAAGGAAGGCUCCCCCUCCUGGCACGUCAUCCAGUUCAUCCACGACACCUACUUCCUGGUGAACCUCGUCGACAACGACUACGUCAAAGGCAACGUCCUGUUCGAGAUCAUCGAGCGUAUGCUGGAGAGGUGUGGGAACUCCAAGGGAGACUGCCGAGUAGGAGAUAUCGAAGAUGAGUGCAUAGCCACUAAGAGACUGAAGGUCUCUGAAGAGGAGAUGAGCUUGUCCAACGACUGAUGACCGCACUGAUGACCGCCAUUGCUGGAGGACAGAUAUUGUCUGUCCAGAGGAUCUGAAAUACAAUUGAUGCAGCUUUGCAUUUCUCACAGUCGGUAGCUUGGGGGUUUAGAAUCUGAACCGAUGUGUUUAAUAAGCAGGAGCCACAUUCACACUUCUGAAAUAGGAGCACUUUGAUCUAAUACAGUCAAACCUGUCUAUAGUGACUGCCCAAGGGAAACACAAAAAAAGUGGCCUUUGUAUACAGGUUCCUUUAGUACAUGAUUCAAUGAGAAACCAUUUUCAAGGGAAACAACAAAUGUGGCCUUUGUAGACAGGUGGUCACUAAAGCAGGUUUGACUGUAGCUGGAUGGCCCUUAUAAUCACGGUCAUGAAAGG